CGCGUGCCUGGUGUUUGUUUUUUUCCGUAUCGCCAUCGUGUCCGUCUUGAUUAAUGCGAGGCCUAUUUGUUGCUUCUUGCUUGGCGGGCCGCUGUCUUGAUGCGUGACUGAAAAGGGCACCGCCCUGUGUGUUCGGGCUGUGGGUUGUCUCUGUGUUGUCUCCGUCUGCUGCCCAGUGCAGCUUUUAUUUUCAUUCUGUGCGGUUUCUCGAUGUCGGUGCCGAGCAAGGUUGAUGUAGUGAGCUCUUGUGAACAUACCGCAAAUCAGUUGAUCUACCGCAGCUUCUGAGCAGCCUUGCGAUUGCAAACACAAUGACAACCAACGCUCCCCAAACUCUCCCUGCUUCCGGCGAUCCAGAUAGCCCGAUCGAAAUCAUCCUACCUGGAGCUGGCAAUAGGAACUCCGCAGGUGGAUCUGGAUCAUCCUCUUCGUCCCCCGACGCCUCUUCCACCAGCACGGACGCCGUAACAGACAACCUUAGCUUCCUCCUUAUGCUCGUCCUAGUGGGCUGCCUGAGUUACUGCGUCGCCCACGCCGUGGUGAAGGGCGCAAGGGUGACAACUUGUUUGGAAGAGGAGAACAGUCUUCGUUGCAGUCUCGCCGACUUGGACGGGCGAGCUCUUUCAGGUUCGGAGAACUACAACAGGAGUAAGAUGAACAAAAACAAGUCCUCGUGACACAUUGCACUUGAAUUGGGGCGUCUUCUCUCUCGACAAGCUACUGACUUGUCCGAGGUGCUGAUUGAUGUUCUUCACGAG